GCCUCCAUUUUUCCCAAAAAAAAACAAAGUUGUAGUGUUAGAAAAUGGCUCCAGUGCCAAGUUUUCCUGUUAAAGUUGGUCACAUUGAUGAUGUUCAAGAACUGAAAAAGAUUAAACCAUCUUCUAUUCCUGAAAGAUUUGUAAGAGACAUGAUAGAAAGACCAAAACUUGCCACAGUUACUACUCCAUCUUCCUGUAAUCUUAACAUUCCUGUUGUUGAUUUGUCGAAAAUCUCGAAUAGCCAGGAUUUUCAUAAUGAAAUCAUGAAGCUUUCUACUUCUUGUGAAGAGUGGGGAUUCUUUCAGGUGAUUAACCAUGGGAUUGACUUGGACUUGCUUGAAAAGAUGGAGAAAAUAUCUAUGGAGUUCUUCAUGUUACCUUUAGAGGAGAAACAGAAAUAUCCAAUGGCUCCUGGAACAGUUCAAGGUUAUGGUCAAGCUUUUGUCUUCUCAGAAGAUCAAAAACUUGACUGGUGUAACAUGUUUGCUCUUGGUGUGGAACCUCAUUUCAUUAGGAACCCAAAACUCUGGCCAACUAAGCCACUUGAUUUCAGUGAAACGGUGGACAUAUACUCGAGAGAGAUAAGGAAACUAUGCAAGAAUUUGUUAAAGUACAUAGCAAUGAGUCUUGGAUUGAAUGAGGAUAUUUUUGAAGAAAUGUUUGGAGUAGCUGUACAAGCAGUGAGGAUGAACUACUAUCCAGCAUGUCCUAGACCAGAUCUUGUUUUGGGAUUAAGUCCCCACUCAGAUGGAAGUGCACUGACAGUGUUGCAACAGGGUAAAUGCAGCAGCUCAGUUGGCCUACAAAUACUUAAAGACAAUGUUUGGGUACCUGUCCAACCAAUUCCAAAUGCACUUGUUAUCAACAUUGGUGAUACCAUUGAGGUUCUAACCAAUGGGAGAUACAAAAGUGUGGAGCACAGAGCAGUGACACAUCAAGAAAAAGAUAGACUAUCUAUUGUGACAUUUUAUGCACCAAGUUAUGAAAUUGAGUUAGGACCAUUGGCAGAAUUGGUUGAUGAAAAUAACCCUUGCAAGUAUAAAAGGUACAAUCAUGGAGAGUACAGCAUGCACUAUGUAACAAACAAACUUCAAGGGAAAAAAACUCUAGAGUUUGCCAAAAUCUAUGACAACUAAUCCCUAUAGAGACACACUAUUAACUUAAGAUGUAGACUAUUGACAUAAUAAUAAUGUCUUUUGUAAAUUCAGUGGGCAGUUUGUGUACUGUUAAUAUGGAAAGUUCUCUUUGUAUAACCUAUACUUAUUGGAGUAUAACAUAAUGGAAGCAAAGUGGGGUCUUGUGUUUGAAAA